UCACAGAGGGAGGAAGUCAGAGCAGUAAUCUGGAGGCUGACAGACGCACACAGGUGAAAACCGCAGCGUUCUGCCCCACAGGGACGAACAGCCGCCAGAGGACAGAAUAUCGGAGGUUCGGAGUUUAUGGAUCGAUACUUUGAUGGUUCGACCUUCAAAGCGGCUGAUGGAGAAGUGAGAGCAGCUUUCUAACUGGAUCACGAGCUCAGGCUUCGUUUGGUGAGUCACUGUGAAGGAAUCGGUCCAAACUCCCGAACCCGAACCAGAACCAGAACCAGAGACGAUGAACAGCAGCAACUCCACCGAAUGUGAACCAGUUCACCAAUCGGCCAACACCUUCUUCAUGGUGAUCUACAGCCUGGUUUUUCUGGUGGGUUUGUUCCUGAACGGAUUCACGCUGCGGGUUUAUUUCUGCGUGUCGCAGCGCCAGUCCAGCAGCGUCACCGUCUUCCUGAAGAACCUGGCGGCGUCCGACUUCCUCAUCAGCCUCUGCCUCCCGCUGCGCAUCAUGAACUUCUCCACCAACUCCACCCUCAUCCGACAGGUCUACUGCAACUUCGGCGCCUCGGCCUUUUACCUCAACAUGUACGCCAGCAUCCUGUUCAUGGGCUACAUCGCUGCCAACAGGUACAUGAAGAUCGUCCAUCCUCUGGGAAACCACUUCAUCCAAAAGGCCCGAGCCGCUUACAUCAUCUCCAUGGUGACGUGGGGUUUCCUCCUGACCAUGACCAGCACCUACGUGAUCCUGUCCCUCCUCACCCACAACCAUCGGGACAAUCUGCCCGGUCUGGUCAGCUGUGACGUCCUGCACAGCGACCAGCUCAGCCUGCUCUACAAGGUCAUCCACGCCUGCUCCGCCGCCAUCUUCCUGGCCGUCCUCAUCAGCCUCAUCUGGUUCUACUACAGCACGUCCCGCCGGCUGGCGCAGGCGCAGAACAAUCAGUCCAUUUCCAGCAACUCCAAGAAGCUCGCCAAGUCCCAGCGGAACAUGCUGGUUCUGGUCACGGUCUUCUGCAUCUGCUUUGUCCCGUACCACCUCAUCCGCCUUCCCUACGCCUUCAUGAAGACGCUGGUCUGCUCCUGGAGCGGCUGGUUCUUCUACCUGAAGGAGCUGACCGUCCUGGUGUCGGUCCUCAACGUCUGCUUGGACCCUCUCAUCUACUUCAUCUUCUGCAAGGCGUUCCGGGCCCAGAUGAGCAUGAGGCGGGUCUUCAACGACACGGACACUCCGACGCAGGUGGACACCACCGACAGGCGGAGCAGCGACGGAUGGAUGAGCUCCUUCAGGAACCUCAGGAGGUUGUCAGUCGUCUCGCUCACCAAGCAAACCAGCGUCUUGUAGACGUCACACCAUCCUGGACUUUAGAACAUUAGAACAGUUAGCACCAGUAGCACCGUUAGCACCGAUAGCACAGUUAGCACAGUUAGAACAGUUAGCACCAAUAGCACAGUUAGCACCGUUAGCACAGUUAGCACCGAUAGCACAGUUAGCAUAGUUUGCUCCGUUAGCACAUUUAGCACAGUUAGCAUCAUUAGCAUAGUUAGCACAGUUAGCAGCUCAGACAGCAGUGUCGUUCUACGAUGUGAACACAGAGACAAGUGGAGGCUAGUUAGCUUAGCUUCGUACGGUGGCCCUGAGGUGCAAAACACAACAACAUUAACAAAAACACAACAACAUUAACGAAAACACAACAACAUUAACAAAAAACACAACAACAUUAACAAAAACACAACAACAUUAACGAAAGCACUACAACAUUAAGGAAAACACAACGGAAGAGGUAGGUCCCAGUGGGAGACCUAAGAAGUCGCUGAUUGGACGACAGGUCGUUUUACUUUUGAACCGGAAGUUAUGCUGGAGUGCUUCGUUUGAUUGAAAACCUAAGGAAGCGGGAAUACAGUCACUUCGCCAUGUAUUGCCCGAACUGUGGAAAGGAGGUGGUUGAGCCGUCACCAAAUUUUUGCAGUAAUUGUGGCAAGAGGCUUCAAGAAACUUGUAUGGAGGAUACUCCACAAUGUUCAAGUAAGUUAAAAAGUAUAAAGGAAGAUUCAUAUUUCUUAUGGAUGUAGUAACUUGCUAACGCUAGUGGUCUCCAGACCGUGUCCACUGUCAUCUAGUUGUUCAUUAUAAAUGCAAUUAAAAGUACACAAAGUCGCUAUAAUACAGCAGAAUUGUAUUAGCUAUAUAUCGUAAGGUACGUUACAGCUUUAGGCACUACUUUUUUAGGAUAAUUGGUGUCGUUCUGGUUCUGCUGCACUGCGAUCAGGCUAGCCGCCUUUUUGGAAGCGAACUCGCACUUAAUUUAUACUUGUGGCAGCUUUACUUCAGUUCGUAAUACAUAUCGUCUGUUUGCAUGAAUGUGAUGUGCGACAUUUUUUCUUUGCUUUACUUCUAGCACAACAGACUGUCCCAUCCUGCCUCAGCACCUUCCUUGAAUAGAAAAAUGAGGAGCGACCAAAGUAUUCUCUUGGGAGAAAGGGGUUAAAACAAAAGGUAGAAAUGAAAGUUCGGGUAGGUGCUAAAUUGGGUUCCCCUGUGUCGGGAGCGAUCAUUACAGCCAGAGAGACGAAUGAGGCGGAUCUGACCAUUUUCACGUCGCUUCUGAUCGAUUUCUCGGUAAAACAACUCAUAUAAUCAUGUGAAGGUUGUAACAUUGAGUUUAAUUGGCAGCUGUUGUUUAAAAAAUUGUAUAAUAAAUAAAUAAACAAGA